GGGCUCCGGCUCCGCGGAGCCCCCAGUAGCCGGCGGGCAGGGCUGCGGCUCCUCCUCGGGAAGUUGGGGGUGCCCCGCGGGCGGCGGGCAGGGCUGCGGCUCCUCCCGGGGCUGCGGGCUGGGCGCUCCCCGCUGCUCGGCUUGGGGCGAGCCCGCCACCGGCGCGGAGGGCGGUGAGGGCGGUGGCUUCUCCGCCCGCUCGGCCUCUGGCUCGCGAGUACCGGCGGGGCUCCGGGCGCGCUGCACGGGCGGCGGCUCCUCGGCCUCGCCGGGAGCAACCUUCCCCCCGUCGGCCUCCUCCCCGUCCGGCACUACCGACUCCACCGCCUCGGUGACGGCGGGGAGGGGGUCGGCGCCGGCCUCGCUGCCCGGGAUAGGCUCCAUCUCGGGCUCAGCCUCGCCGGCCCCCCCGUCGCCCGGCACCGCUGCAGUCGCCGCCGCCUCCGCAGCCAUGGCCGCCAUUUUCUCUGCUGCUUCACCGCCGCCUCCCUCCAGCAGCGGGAUCGAUAACCACGGCCUUCCCCGCCCGCCUGGGAGGGAGGACCCGCCCCCUAGGCUGGCAGCCGGCAGCCCAUUGCCAUGCUUGCAGCUUUGUCAGUCUGUAGCGCAGAGAAACAGCAGAUGGAUUCAGCGUAUGAUCUGUGGCUUAAAAGAAAUCAGAUUUGCUGCCAUUCUGCUCUACUAGCCACAUCACCAGGGCAACAUGGCAUUCACAGGCAAAUAUGAAUUUGAAGGCGAUGAGAACUAUGACGAAUUUGUGAAGAAGAUUGGUCUCCCCAGUGACAAGAUUGAAAAGGGAAGGGAUUGCAAAAUAAUCACUGAGGUGGUACAGAAUGGAAAUGACUUUACCUGGACACAGCAUUUCCCAGGAGGCCACACCACGACCAACACAUUCACAAUUGGCAAGGAAGCAGACAUGGAGACAAUGGGUGGUAAAAAGUUCAAGGCAACGGUUAAAAUGGAAGAUGGGAAAAUAGUAGCUGAUUUUCCCAAUUAUCAUCAUACUGCAGAGAUUUCUGGAGGAAAGCUAGUAGAGAUUUCUACUACUUCUGGUGUAGUCUACAAAAGGACCAGCAAAAGGAUUGCUUAAGGCAGUAAAGCCAGUCUCUUCCAAUGCACUGAAAAACAAACAAUACAAAUAAAAAGAGUGCUGAUUGUC